CUCUGAGUUCACGUGAUGCCUGAUUUCCUGCAGCUUCACAUGAGGAGCUCUGCUCUGUGCUCUUCCAUGGAAUCCUUGAGCACUGGUUGAAGCUGUCUCUGGGGAGCAGGAAAACGUUUUCCCAGCACACCCGUGAAUAUCUGAGGAGCUCUCCAGGCCUAGUUCCUCAGCCAGUCCUUGUUGCCAAGCACCAGCCAGCAGCCACCCCAGCUCCAGUUUCUCACUGCUGGGCUCCAGGCUUCAGGCCCUUCUCCCUGGCUCCCUUUGUGCCUAUAGGCCUCUCGCUGCAGUGUAGUUAGGCCAUGUGACCUGCAGGGGUGGGUUCUGAGGGUGGCAGUUGGCCUUGGCCUGCUGCCUGGAGCCAGCCCUGUCCCAGCUGGUGUCACUGCCCUGCGCUCGCCUCUCGCACCAUGCAGGCCUCGCAGAACGAGGAGCUCUUCGACCCCAUCUCCUUUGCCACGGACCUGAUGGCAGGGGGCAUCGCGGCUGCUGUCUCCAAGACCACGGUAGCGCCCAUCGAGCGGGUGAAGCUGCUGCUGCAGGUGCAGGGCUCAUCCAAGCAGAUCCGCGUGGACCAGCAGUACAAGGGCAUGAUAGACUGCUUCGUGCGCAUCCCCCAGGAGCAGGGAUUUUUGAGCUUCUGGCGUGGCAAUUUGGCAAAUGUUAUCAGAUAUUUUCCAACGCAGGCUUUAAACUUUGCUUUUAAGGACAAAUACAAACAGAUUUUCAUGGCUGGAGUGGAUAAAGAUAAACAGUUCUGGAAAUGGUUUUUUGCAAACCUAGCUUCUGGUGGAGCAGCUGGAGCAACAUCUUUGUGUGUAGUAUAUCCACUAGACUUUGCACGAACUCGAUUAGCUGCUGACAUUGGGAAAGGUCUUGCUGAGCGACAGUUCAAGGGCCUUGGUGACUGUAUUUUUAAAAUUGCAAAGUCAGAUGGACUUGUGGGCCUGUACCAGGGUUUUGGCGUUUCAGUACAGGGAAUCAUAGUGUAUCGAGCUUCCUAUUUUGGAUGCUAUGACACCAUUAAGGGGCUAUUGCCAAAUCCAAAACAAACACCAUUCAUUUUGUCCUUUCUCAUUGCCCAAAUUGUGACUACAUUCUCUGGAAUAUUGUCUUACCCCUUUGACACUGUCAGAAGACGCAUGAUGAUGCAAAGUGGAGAGGCUGACCGUCAAUAUAAAGGAACCAUUGACUGCUUUAUCAAGAUAUACAAACAGGAGGGACUUAACGCUUUCUUUCGGGGAGCCUUCUCCAAUGUUCUUCGUGGAACUGGAGGUGCAUUAGUGCUAGUGCUUUAUGACAAAAUUAAGGAACUUUUGAAUUUUGAUGUUUCAACGAGUUCAUCAUCUGACUAAAAUAGUAGAUAAGAAUUUAUCUUGCCUGUAUAACAUAUAAUGACACAAGUCUCAUUUGGAUAACAUGUUUGUAGUUUCAUUAUUGUGUUGUUAAUGCUGUAAUUAAAAACUUAGGAGAGUUAUUAGUUUCCCCCAGCUCAUUGUGCAUAUUUUCUCUUUUGUUUAAAAUGCUGAACUUUCAAUUUUUAUAAUGAGAAAUAAAGCAUGCAUGAUGCACAA